CUUUGAAUCUAUUUACUGGAUUGCAACACCCGCGACUUUUAGUUUUGUUUCUAAUGGCUUCGACAAGCGAUAUGAAGACGUACGGUCUCGCUGCUGGGUGUAUGACUACGGUCACUCUCAUCAUAGGGGGUACGAGUGUUCUCGGAAUUCCGUUUGUCGUCUGGCAUGCUGGGGCCGUCUCUAGUCUAUUCACACUGGUUGCUGCGUCAUUGUUGGCUAUUAUUCCUGCCCUUUGGAUCGUCGAGACGUCCGCUAGAGCAGAGGCUCUGGAACAAUUGUCCUUCUGUGAUGAAACAUUGGUCACUGUCAGUAGUGCAUUGGCAUCGUGUCAAGUACGAACUGAGAGGAAAUUUGAAUUGCAAGAAUUAACUGACAUUUUCCUGGGAAAACAUCUAGGCUUUGUAUUCUGGUUUGUUGCUAUCACCAACAGUUUGUUGAACUCCUGGUUACAAGCUCAGGUCGCUGCUGCAUCUUGGGCUAGUAAUCUGCCUUUCAAAGGAUCUGUGUUUGCCAAAUGUACUGACGAAGACUUUCUUCUGCAUGAUCACCCAAAUGGCGGAUGCUGGAAUAGUUAUGCUGUUUGUAUUGUCGUGUUUGGUGUUAUCACUGUGUUUCUUGCGUGGUUUGACCUUCAUCAACUGGGCUUCCUUAACUACAUAGUCACGGUGGCACGAUUUAUUGUUCUAGCUGCAAUGGUUGUUCAUUCUCUUGUCUUAUCUGCUGAUCGAAACGUCGAUCGAAAGGAACCUAAGGAAACUGGCAACUCUGUGUGGACAAAUUUCUCAACUGCAGGGUGGCUAGCAUCUGUUCCCGUAUUCAUUUUUAGUCAGCUAUUUCCACUUCCAAUACCAACUGUUAUUCAACCAAUGUCUAACAAAGCCAAGCUGCGUCGAAUGCUCAUAGCAGCUGUUACCACAAAUGCGGUACUGUAUUUUGUCGUCGGAGUGGCUGUAGCCACAAACUUUGAGUGGAAUACAAAUGAAAUGGCAAAUUUGAACUGGGUUCGUUACACUGGCGAGAAGUACAAUGGGGCAGUUCGAGCACUCGCUCAUAUUAUUGUGUUAUUUCCUUCUGUUGAUGUAACUUUGAGUUUCGUUUACCAAGCCAUUGUUUUGGUCAACAUUGCUGAAUCUUGGAUAUUCGGUGGUCACGUGUCAUUUAGUAGACAAACAAGGUUCAUUCACCGGCUGAUUGCAUCCAUCAUUCCAUUGAUUGGAGCUGUGUUUAUUACAAAUUUGGUGACUGUCACUAAGUAUAUUAGCCUAACAGUGUACUUUCUAGGUGUUGUGAUUCCUGCAGCUAUCCAAUACAAAUCAAAAAACAUCUGGCUCAAGAAACUCUGUUCUCUUUCACAACAAAAAGAGAUGCCAGAUGAUCGUUCUAAGGGGGCAACAUUUAUCAACAGAGCAGCUCUUAUCGCAACAGACUUAUGUCCUACUUCUUUGAAUGACAAUCCGUACUCUGGUUGGUAUAGCAGAACGCCAGUUGUCAUUGUUGUACUGGUUUCAGCAGUCAUUUGUGCAAUCAUUACAGUAGUUGGUAUGGUAUCUUACCCUGUUCAAUGAGCUUGAGCUGGAUUUAGAUUUGAUAUUGAGUGGGACUCAGCUGAAUACAUAGAACAACAGCUCAAUCAGUGUAUCAAUCUAUUUGUAAUUAAAAAUUUAGUAGAUGAAGUUGUUGCAUUAUACUAUGCACUUGGAAUGAUUAAUUAUAU